AUGUCGUUGAACGAAGUCUGGGAGGCAGCCUCCGCUCAUCCCUACUCUCCCAUUAUCUCCAAGAAUAGCCAAUUCUUCGUUGGCUUCACCUUGCUUUUCGCUGCUCUUAUUUUCACCGGUCUAUUUGGUUUAAAUCGUUCCUUUACGAGCAUCGCGUCCUUCGGCAUCCCCGCGUCGCUGGCCUUUGGUUUCGGAGCUGUCUACAUGAUCUGUGCUGUUGGAGUGUACGUCUGA